AACCAACGAAUCCUCGUGAUGAACCCACACGCCACACCCCCCAACCCAAAAUUAACCAACCACCCCUCCUUUUUCCUCUCUCUCUCUCUACACUAAAAAAAAACUAACCCCUCUCUCUCUAAAAUAAACACUUUUUUUAUGGCCUCUGAGCAAGACGACGCCGUUUUCGACCACGAUCACGACCUCGAAGACGACGACGACGAGUCCUUCCAGUCUCAGGACGACGAUGACGAUCUCGAGAACGACAACGACGUCAUAAUUGGCGAGAACGAGAACGAAAACGACGACGUUUUACCUGACGACGAAGACGAAGAAGAAGAGGAGGACGUUAAUUCUGUUUCUCCUUCUACUCCUGUUCUUCCGCCUGUUCCCGUCGCGCUUCCGUCCGCUUCUCUUGUCACCAUCGCUGCCGUUCCUAACGGUGGUGGCUCCGCCGCUGUUGACCACGGGCCUUCUCUCUCCCUAGCGUCAACUCCUCCUGAAUCAAAACGUCAGCGCGUGGAGACCACGCUCGUCGUUCACGAGAAGAAACCGCUGCCUCCUCCGAUGGAUGACUCAUCGCGACGGUUGUUUCAGCGGUUGUGGACCGACGAGGAUGAAAUUGAGCUGUUACAGGGUUUUUUUGAUUACACGAUGCAAAGAGGAAGCAAUCAUCAUGAUACGACGAUGUUUUAUGAUCAAAUCAAGUCGAAAUUACAGCUUGAUUUUAAUAAAAAUCAGCUGGUUGAGAAAUUACGGCGGUUAAAAAAGAAGUACCGUAAUGUUCUUAAUAAAAUUAGCUCAGGUAAGGAGUUUUCCUUUAAAAAUCCUCAUGAUCAAGCUACUUUUGAAAUUUCUCGUAAGAUCUGGAGUUCUACGGGUAAAAUUUGUGUUGACGACGGUAAUUUAGAUGAUGAGGAUGGUGCUAACCCUAACCCUAACUUGAAUUUUAAUUCUAAUUUUAAUCAUCACCAUGCUAUUGCUGCUGGUGAUGUUAAAAUUGAGGAUCAUCAUAAUAAGUCAACUACUCCUAGGUCGAAAAAAAGGUCACGUCCUCGUUCUACGGUUGCUACUAGUGUUAAAUUUGAAGAUAAGCGAAUGCCGAGUGAUGGAUUUGUACCUAUUAUUGAUGUUAAUAAUAACAAUAACAAUAGUAAUGUGAAUGUGUCGGGUUUGAUAGAGGAGACGUUGAGGAGUUGCCUGUCACCGUUGUUGAAGGAGUUAUUGAGUAAUACAAUGGCUUCGGGGUCAGGGUCGUCGUGCAGUGGGAGGGGAAUUGGGGGAUUGGCCAUGAAUGCAAUGCCGUUGAGUUUCGGAGGCAGUGAAAUGAUGGUCGACGAGAAGUGGAGGAAGCAGCAAAUGUUAGAAUUGGAGGUGUACUCGAAGCGGUUAGAGUUGGUUCAGGAUCAAAUUAGAGCACAAUUGGAGGAUUUGCGAUCUAUGGGUGGACAAUAGCUGGUGAUGAAAUUUUGGAAUUGAAGCAGGAUGAAUAUUAUGAUAAUCUUACUGGGGAACAUGUAUGGUAUCUGAUCUGUACUAUAAGAAGGAGCAAAGUUGACAAUAAUUGCUUGCUCAUGGUUUAUCUAUUGAGUGGCAAGGCAGGCACUGAUUUGUUCAGAAGCAAUAACUCAGUUUUGUUUUGUUGUUGAAGUUAGGGUGGGGAUGUAAUCUACGCUGAGUUGAAAUGAAAUAUUAUCAAUUCAAGCUAGACUCAACUUUAAAAUUCAAAAUUUGGAAUU